AUGGGUUCAAAAAGUUCAGUUUCGGCUGUGCUUUUCCUCUCGAUGAACAUUAUCUGCUAUGCUUUAGUCAAUGCAGGUAGCACCUACACUUCAAAUCCAGCGCCAAGUCCAAGCCCAUCAAACCCAAAACCAAAUCCAACGCCAAGUCCAAGUUCACUGAGUUGCCCUAGAGAUGCCCUAAAACUAGGUGUUUGUGGAAAUUUACUUGAUGGGUUGAUUGGAGUUAUCAUAGGAAAUCCUCCCACCGCACCAUGCUGCACAUUGUUUGGCGGGUUGGUGGACCUAGAGGCGGCAGUUUGCCUCUGUACUGCCAUAAGAGCAAAUGUGUUGGGCAUUAAUGUCAAUGCUUCAUUUUCACUCACUCUGCUUUUCAAUGCUUGUGGAAGGACUCUCCCACCUGGUUACACAUGUGCUUAA